GAAGGCCCCGCGCUGUGGCGUCUGCAGCCAGAGCCCUGCGUGGCGCUCUCGCUCCUGUAACUUGCUUGCCGGGUUUCCGACAGGGGUCGGGUUUGGGUUGACAGUAGUGGUAACGGGAUCUGCUCUCCCCUCGGUUCUCUCUGAAGAUCCUUUCCAGUUCUUUUAGGGGACCAAGUUGCUCUGAAAAUCUCUCAUAGUUCUUCCCUGUUCGUAACACAACAGGGUUUCAGCUGCCGAGGCAGGGAAUAAAAAAAAACUCUAAAUCGUCUGUCGCAGCCGAAUGUGCACAGCCUUCUCCUCACUUGCCGCCUCCCGGACUUUACAGAGGACAGGCGAGGAGGGAUCGGGACUUGCCCACCUGUGGUUUUACUGUCUGUGGGUGUCCGAAGCCCCAUCUGCUCCCCCUACGUCCCUUUCUCCACCACUUAUCUUUUGUGUCAGGAAUUUUCAUUGUCUCCACAUAGCUGCCCCAGCUCACUGCUGCGGUAGUCUUGGAAAUGUGGCUUCAAACCGUGCAUGGCUGCUGACCAGGGCCGGAAUGUGGACUUGUUUUUCUUUUGGGGUGGGGGGUGGGGAACCAUUAAAUAGCCCGUGCAUGCAUGGCUAUGGCAGUGUUGUGAUGAAGAUUCUGAAUUCUUAGAAGGAAUGGGACUGCGUAUAAGGUUUAUUGUAGACUGGACACAAACAAUGUUUUUCUUGAAGGUGAUGGUGUAGAGCCUUUUCUUUUACUGAAAAAGAUCCUUCAACUUAUUGGAAUCUGCUGGAUUCUGUCUCCCAUUCCCACUGCAGAGCAAGUUCUGCAAGUGCCCACAGUCAAAAUGGCACAUGCAUCCUCAGUGGCGGCUUCUGAGGAGGUGGAGGAGCAGGGUGGGGGGAAUCUCAGAUGAAGGCAAUGUUAAAAUAAAAACCAUUGUUUCUUCUCAAGUAUGUUAAAAUUAAGUACUGCCCUGUAAUUCUCUGAUAAAAAUAGCUUUUUAAACAGGAUCUCUGACCCACUCCCUCCACCCUACGGUGUGUUUAUUGGACAAGGAAUUAAACUUGUUGUUUCACACAAGGACGUGUUAUGUGAAAUGCAAAAACUGAGAAAAGGUGAUGCUUCUUCAGUUUUGUUUACUAUGUUUGACUACGUUCGAAAAUAGUUUGGUUUGGUUUAACAACCAUGUAUUGAACACCAUGGCCUGGCACUCUGCUAAGAUUCAAAGAUUUCCCUGAUCUUAAGGAGCUUACAUUGCCACAACAGCAUCUUUGGGGCAACACUAUCUUUAGGGGCUCAUCUGCAUUCUUGUAAUCUGAGUUAUAUUUUUGUCUCUUCCCAGGGGGAAAUGGAGGCUAGAGACAAACAAGUGCUUCGUUCCCUUCGCCUGGAGCUAGGUGCAGAGGUAUUGGUGGAGGGACUGGUUCUUCAGUACCUUUACCAGGAAGGGAUCUUGACGGAAAAUCACGUUCAGGAAAUCAAAGCUCAAGCCACAGGCCUCCGGAAAACAAUGCUGCUGCUUGAUAUCCUACCUUCCAGGGGUCCUAAAGCAUUUGAUACAUUCCUAGAUUCCCUGCAGGAGUUUCCCUGGGUAAGGGAGAAACUGGAGAAGGCAAGGGAAGAAGCUAUAACUGAGCUGCCUGCAGGAAUAGCUGUACAUCUCCAUGGAUUCCAGCCAUAGUGACAGCAUUGUCGUAACCUUGAGUGUGACACAUCAUUAUGUCCAGUCCAUCACUUUCCAGUUUUUUAAGAAUGUCAGAACUGAGGUCAACGGCUUUAUUCCCCUUUAAAGGGAAAAAACCUAGGAAGACUUUUUUUUUCACUUCAGCUUUCCUGUUGUUGACUUUUACGUAUCUGAUCACUUUGGACAUCGGGUCAGUAUGUGAUAUGUCAGGUUUGUUGUUGAACAUGAUCCCAAAAUACUUCGCAGACGUUAUGUCCAUGACAAGCUUCUCCUUCCCAUGAUUUGCCAGGGCACUUAUAAACUCAUUCCGAGUUUUUGGUGUAAGAUAAGACUCAGAUACUUUCAGUUUACAUGUGCUCCACUUUAAUCUCGUUAGGUGCUCUUUCAGCACUGGAUCAUAUUUUGAAAGCAUCUCAACGAUCUCAAGAAAAUUCCCUUUAUUCAAUGAAGAUUCAUCUUCCUUGUGGCCAUGGAAUGCCAUAUUCUGCUUGGCAGGAAACAAUGUGAUAUCAAGUAAUCUGGGCAAAGUAUCCCUCCACUUUUUCUUCUCUAUUUCCUUCAAAACAAUAGUUUUGGCAUCAGUGGUUUUGUGCAGCUUCAGUCCUGCUGCCAAUUUUUUCCACUUUUCAAGGCAACCUAGGCGCUCUUCGGAUGUCUCAUGGUUAUGUACUUUCGGGCUCAGCUUCCAACACUUCUGAAACCUGGCCACAAAUUUGGAUGUCAUAUCUGUAGCAUUAACAGCAAAUAGUCGGCAGCAAAAACAGUAUGAAUUCUCGCUGACGAGUGAGUAAACUGUCCAGGACCACAGAAUUUUCUCGCCAUUUGGCAUCACCUUGUAAAACAACUGUUUUGAAAGCUGGCACAAAUCUCCCUUUGCUUUUGCAUCUUGCCUUGCUGCAACACUGAAAGGUCUAUCUUUGUUCUGGAAAGAAACAUUUCCCCUUUUGAUAAUUUCAACCCCAAAAUGACCUGGAACUGGUAUCGCCCAGAAAGAAACAUCAUACAAAAUUUGCAAAUCUUUCUCCUUAAUGUCACUCAUCUCAUUUAUGGUAUCAUGGCUAGAGUCAAUUGCAGUACUCUCUUCUGCCUCAAAUUCUGCUAUUUCUACCUUUUGCUCUCCUGCAGAAUGCAUGCUAGCAUCAGAAGAAUCAGCUUUAUCAAUUGGAGACUGACGAGCAGUGUCUUUUGAUGAACCCUGGCCAUCAUCUGGUCUUUUGACAUACUGAAGCAUGGAUCCAGCAAGUAUUUUGAGUGCUUUAAUUCUUGCCUCUUUUGCUUUCCUUUGCUGGCAUCAACUUAGCCUCUUUGAUGUAUGCACUCCAUGUGGCAUCAUAGAAUAUCCCUCCACAAUAAAAGAAAAAAGAUAAAUCAGCAAUAUUUGAAAAAAAAAUGUAAAUGUAAAUCUAUUGGAUAUGUUAGUUCUAUCAUGUGUAAAUUUUAAUGUGUCACUGUUUUUAAACCAUAAUUUAAACUAAUACCGUGAAAAUUUUGUUAAAGUUGGAUAUAUAUUUGCAAGACAGUGAUGUUUUUAAAGAAAAUUAAAAAAAGACUAAAAUUAAAAAAAAUAAAUUUAAGAUUUAAGUUAUAUUUCUAAACAUGUAUCAAGAAACACAGCAAUUCAUUUCCCCCACUUUGUGUUUUAAACUGUCAGUUUCUCUAUUUAGUUACCAAAGAGUUAUAUAGUCAAUAAUUGUUAUACAUGUAAGUUUAUUACCAGUUUUAAUCAUAGAAUAAUAUGUGAUAAAUAUAGCUGUAAAUUGCUUAAGUGUAAUAUUUGUUAGAUUAUAUGAGUACUAAAACCAAAAUUAUUUUGUAAAAUCUUUCUACAUUGACAUUAUUAGUUACAACAUUAUUAGUAACUGAACGGAAGCCUUUUUUUAUUUUUCUUCUUCUUUUCCUUUAAUUACUACUUCAUUCUCAAAAAAGCUAUUGAUUUAGGUUCACAAAUACAAAUUACCACAAUAUUGUAGCUAAAACACCAGAAAAUUUGACAAAAUCAGCGACUAUAAAAACACCAGCAGCAGCAAAAACAAUAGUGCAUGCCUGUAGCGUGUGCAGACGAAAACACAUGAUUUGAAGUGUCAUUGUAAUUGGGUAAUAAUGACAGCUUGGACUGGAGUGCUUUAAGAGGUUCAGAAAGUAAAUUAGCAUAGAGUUUUAGCCUUGUAGGUAUAUUGAUACAUGUAAGCUGGGCUGAUGAAAAAUGUUUUUGUUGUUAUAACUAACUAUAGGAAUAUUUUUAUAAAAAAUAAUAAAUUUCUGCUGAAACACUGCACAGAAAUUUUAUUGACAGCCAUUUUGGUGUCACCCUCUGACAGUGUCACCGGGUGUGGUCUGUACCUCUUACACCCCCCUAGUGAUACCACUGAUUGAAAACAUGGUAAUCGCUCAAAUAAUAUACAGUGAUUGAUUCCUUUUAAUACAAAUAUUCAAAGUAUCCUCAGUGUCUCCUGAUUUUGUAAUUACUAAUUUAUUUAAAACAUUUUCAAUGCUCAUUUAAGGUCUUCUGUAAUAUGGCCCCAGUCUAUUCCAGUUAGGAAUUAAAUUUGGCUACAUUUAACAGAAAACCCCCAAAACAGUAGUUUAAACAAGAGCGAAGGUAUUUCUCCUCCUCCUUCACCUUCUCUUCUUCCUUCUGUCUUAAUUAUAAAGUCUAUAGGUAGUCCUCAGAGUCCAGGGCUGGUAUGACUGCUCCACAGUUACCAGAGGCCAAGGUUCCUUCUACCUUUAUGCUUUGCUUAGUUUCUGAGGGCUGUCAUAACAAAUUACCACAAAUUGGAUGGCUCAAAACAACAGAAAUUUUACUCUGUCACAGCUCUGGAGACUAGAGGUCCAAAAUCAAGGUGUUGGCAGGAUUGGUUCCUUUGUGUAGGCUCUGAGGAAGAAUCUUCUGUGCUUUUCUCCUAGCUUCUAUUGAUUGCUGACAAUCUUUGGUGUCCUGUGGUUUGUAGACACAUCACUCCAAUCUCUGCCUCCAUCUUCACAUGACGUUCUCCCCUGUGUGCCUGUGUCCACAUUUCCCCUUUCUUAUCAGGAUACCAGUCAUUGGAUUAGGGUCCACCUUAAACCAGUAUGACCUUAUCUUAACUUGAUUAUAUAUCUGCAAAGACCUAUUUCCAAUUAAGGUCACAUUCACAGGUUCUAGAUGGAUAUGAAUUUUUGGGAACACUGUUCAACCUAAUACACCAUUCUUAGCACAUGACUUCCAUUCUCAAGAUUUCCUCACGGCCUCAAAUGGCUGCUGGUGAUCCAGCCAUCUUUUCGCUUGUGGAAGUAGUGCCAGCAGAGUAAAAGGGAGACUCAGAUAGAGGACGACAGAAGAGGGACUAAAGAUAAAAAAGAGAUUGGUCAUGCUAUCCUCUAUGGGAGCAGGCUUUUGAUCAAACCAGAGUUCUUUGGCUUUCUGGGAAGAACAGAGUCCCUAAGAGACAACUUUUUACUUCUUUGAAGAUUUCAACUUCCUGGGAUUACGGCCCAAUUAGCAAGUGUAGCAUUCCCUGUUCUUGGGAAAGGUAUAAGAUAGCUAGCUCUGGGCCUAUCUUUGAAGGAGAAAAGAUUCUUCUGAUAUAACUAUGCACUAAUGUCUGUUAACACACCUGGCUGCUAGCCAAAAGUUUGGAGGUUCCACUACACCCAGAGGAGUCUUGGAAGACUGAUAAACAAGACUGUCUUAGAGCACACUUGUUAACAGAAAGGAAUAGGGCUGUUGCUGAAGACACCGGGCAUGCAUAGGAAGGUCUAUUGUAACUGAAAGAGUAAUCUUUGGCACUUGCCCACCUCCGUUUCAUGAUAGCAUGAAGAAGCAGGAACCUUGUAAUUGCUCUUCCUUAUAUUCCAUUCCUGGAUAAUUACCAACUACAGUCAGGUUUUGAAAGGUUCUUUUAUUUUGUGAUUGCAUCUUUCAGCAACAACUCUUAUUAUCCUAUUAUGCAGUUUGUCUCAUUUAUGAUGCUCAGGUGGGAAAACUUCCAGCCUCAGCAAUUGGAAAGAUCACUCUGACUGAGCAUUUUAUGAUGCUUUCUCUUGUUUUGCUGUUAAGCAAGCAGGGUUCAAGACAGGUGAAUUCUUUCCAGAUGUGCUUUUGAAUAACUGGACAGAUCCCCUGAGUCUCUUUAGGAAUAACACUGUGACUGUGUACUCUUGCCCUCUUCCUCCAUGCACAGCUAUGGCUGCUCUGCAGAGUGCUCUGUCUUUGCCGGAUGAUUCCAUAGUUAAUUCUGAGCCACAGAGGGGUAAUAGUUCAUCCCAGCAGCGAAUCUGUCACCUUUGCUGGGUGUGCUUAUUUGAGUACCAGAACUUUUCACUAUCCAGGAGACACACAGCAGCUCUGCUUUCAUUUGCUUUGUUACCAUUUUAGGCUUCAAAUAGAACCAUUUUCUCCUGGAACACAGUGCUCCUGUGUAGAAAUAAGUGAUAACACUUUGUUGACUUCAGGAGUCUAGAGCCAGGUGGAUUAACAACUGUAGCUGUAAUGACUCACCUUACACUGGUGGUCUUUUCUUAAGGUUAUGUGAGGAGGGGGAGCUGUGGGAAGUAUAUGUGUGCUGCCUUUGGAGGCAGAGGUGGUUUCCUUGAUCCAUUGUGUCCAGUCUCCCGCUCAGCAGCAGGCAGCCAGGACUGGCUGAGGCAGGAGGAGAGGCCAGCUAGCCCAGGAGACUUGCUGUCAUGUUCUGACAUGGAAGACUGAGUACACUCAGCUCUGUAUUAAUGGCAUUUCUUAGGCCUGAAGGUGUUGUCAGUGCAGCCUCUAGAAGUGCCUGCUCAUCACCAGGCCUGUUCACAGGAGAAACUAGGAUCCACCCCAGGCGUCAGCUCUGUAGGAAGUUUUUCCUGACAAUAAUCUCUACUCCUGGGUGGACUUUGUGUUUUCCUCUAAUGCAUCUGUCAGUAUGUCCUACUGUGGGGGCGUGCUUUCGUGUUACUGUGAUGCUGAAAGCUAUGCCACCGUUAUUCAGAUACCAGCAGGGUCACCUAUGUUGGACAGGUUUCAGCUGAGCUUCCAGACUAAGAUAGACUAGGAAGAAGGACCUGGGGGUCUAUCUACUUCUGAAAAAAAUUAAGCUGUGAAAAUCUUACGAGUAGCAGUGGAACAAUGUCUGAUAUAGUGCUGGAAGAUGCCCCUCAGGUUGGAAGGCACCUUAAUGACGU